AUGGUUAUCACACCGAGUGAACUUGAAGCAAAGGAAGGCCGAGCAGAAAAACAAACCGCAGCGCUGUCCCUUGUUGAGCCUUGUUAUCGUCUGCGUUCCCAUCACGUCUACGGCAUCAGCAGCCGCUGUAGUGAAGUGGACUUGGACGCGGGACAGAGUGUUUCACUCUUGGCGAAUCUUCCAGAGGACAAGCUGAGCAAAAUAGUGGACUGCCUGGAGGUGGAAUACUAUGACAAGGGAGACUACGUCAUCCGGGAGGGCGAGGAGGGCAGCACCUUCUACAUCAUCGCACAGGGGAAGGUGAAGGUGACCCAGACCACCGAGGCCCACAAGGUGCCGCAGAUCAUCAACACGCUGCAGAGGGGAGACUACUUUGGAGAGAAAGCACUUAUCAGUGAUGAUGUCAGGUCGGCUAAUAUCAUCGCCGAUGAGAACGGGGUGGAGUGCCUCGUCAUCGACAGAGAGACAUUUGAUCAGACGGUGGGCACCUUCAACGAGCUGCAGAAAUACCUCCAAGGCUACGUGGCGACACUCGAUCGUGACGACAAGAAGAGACACGCCCGGAGGUCGGUGUCCCGCCACCAGAGCCAGCCGCUGUCGCCGGACGUCAUCCAGCUGAAGGAAAUGGUGUCUGUGUUUCCGUCAUCGAGGCCCUUCGACCACCUGGAGGUUGUCGCUACUCUCGGGGUCGGUGGGUUUGGACGGGUAGAACUGGUGAAGGUGAAGGGCCGCGACAUCACCUUCGCUCUAAAGGUCAUCAAGAAGAAGCACGUGGUGGACAACAGGCAGGAGGAGCACAUCCACUCGGAGAGGAAGAUCCUCGCCGAGGCUCGCUCGCCGUUUGUCGUCAAGCUGUAUCGCACCUUUAAGGAUAACAAGUAUGUGUACAUGCUGCUGGAGGCCUGUCUGGGUGGAGAGAUCUGGAGUCUGCUCAGAGACAGGGGGAGUUUUGAUGAGCCCACUGCCAAAUUCUGCGUCGGCUGUGUCACAGAGGCGUUCGAUUACCUCCACCGCAAAGGCGUCCUCUACAGAGACCUGAAGCCUGAGAAUCUCAUGCUGGAUACCGAAGGAUACAUCAAACUGGUUGACUUUGGAUUUGCAAAGAAAAUCCGAUGCGGCCAAAAGACGUGGACCUUCUGCGGGACUCCGGAGUACGUGGCCCCUGAGAUCAUCCUCAACAAGGGCCACAACUUCAGCGUGGACUUCUGGUCUCUGGGCAUCCUGGUGUUCGAGCUGCUUACCGGCAGUCCUCCGUUCUCAGGGAGCGACCAGAUGAUGACGUACACUUUCAUCCUGAAGGGAAUCGAGAAGAUGGACUUCCCCAAGAAGAUCACAAAGAGACCCGAGGACCUCAUACGCAAACUGUGCAGGCGAAAUCCCUCAGAGCGACUGGGCAACCUGAAAAAUGGAAUAACUGAUAUCAAGAAGCACAGGUGGUUUAACGGCUUCAACUGGGAGGGACUGAAGGCGAGGACUUUACCAUCUCCUCUGAAAAGAGAACUUUCGGGGCCGACAGAUCACAGUUAUUUCGACAGCUACCCUCCAGAUGAGGAAAGUCCUCCUGAUGAGCUGUCUGGCUGGGACAUGGACUUCUGAGACCGUCUGCUCCUUCUUUUCUGUCUUUCCUUUUCUUUGCACACACUAAAAAAAACCAAACCUCAACGGGCAAAGUGGGUUUUCAGGUGAGCUCACAUCA